AUGGCUCCCGAAGUACAUGACCAUACAGGCAGUGAGGUCGAUGGCGCCAGCGAGUACUUCAAGAACAACCCAGAUCCCAAGCAGCUAUCAAAGCAUGAGUCAUUGGCCAAGGAGUUCAUUCAGUACCAUCUUGAGACCGAUUCGGAGCGCCGAAUAGCCAUCGUAACAUCUGGUGGCACAACAGUACCGCUUGAGCGUCAGACUGUUCGCUUCAUCGACAACUUCUCGGCCGGCACGAGAGGAGCAACUUCAGCCGAGUACUUCUUACAAGCUGGGUAUGCGGUCAUAUUCCUCCACCGACAGUUCAGUCUGCUGCCGUAUUCGAGACAUUACAGCCACAGUACCAAUUGCUUUCUGGACUUCAUGGAUGAGUCCUCAGAUGGCCGGGUACUUGUUGCCGAAGAGUACCAGUCUAAGAUGCGAAGAGUACUAAAGCAAUAUCAGCAUGCGAAGAGCAAUCGCCUGCUACUGCUGCUUCCGUAUACAACGGUAACGGAGUACCUGUUCGAACUACGCAGCUUGGCCCAGUUGAUGCAUCCAGUCGGUGAGAGGGCACUAUUCUACCUUGCUGCAGCCGUGUCAGACUUUUUCAUUCCAUUAGAUCGAAUGGAGGAACAUAAGAUCCAGUCCCGUGGCGGCGGCAAGGGCCAGGGAUCGAGCACAAAAUUGGUCAUCGAUCUCGAUCCUAUUCCCAAGUUCCUCAAGACUUUGGUCGACAAUUGGGCGCCGAAGGGUAGUAUGGUGGUUAGCUUCAAGCUAGAAACAGAUCCAGAUCUUCUGGUGAGCAAGGCGCAGCAGUCUUUGCAUCGGUAUCAACAUGAUUUGGUCAUCGGCAACUUACUCACCACGCGCAAAUGGGAAGUAGUCUUCAUCACCAGACAUGACGAGCACUGGAUCCGAGUUCCCAAAGCCAGACGAUCGAAGAGCUUUUCUGGUGUGGCGGACAUGGUGGGACUGGCAGACACUAAACGGGAACCCGAGCAGCCAGAUCUCGAGGGUGGUACUGUGACUGAAGGCAUGGAGAUCGAGGCACUCAUUAUCCCGGAGUUGAAACAUAUACACGACGAGGUGAUCGCUGAGCGCAGAAGUAACGGUGGCGCCUUGAUUAGCAACUAG